AGAACUCUAAGGGUUUCAUUUCUUUUUCAUGUGCAAUGUCCGCCAUGAUGAAAAAACGGAAGAGGAAAGUCUCCAAGGAAAAUGUUGCCCUAACCAUAUCUUCUUCAGUGGGUGAAUAUGGAGAGAACUCGGGUACGUUGCCAACUGAUCUCAUGGUCGAAAUACUCUCCAGGGUGCCUGCGAAAUCGGCCGCGAGGUUCCGUUGCGUGUCAAAUGAUUGGAAUUCUCUUCUCCGCAGUCCAUAUCUCACCAACCUGUUCCUGAAGAGGUCCUCGGCUCGGCCACAUCUCCUAAUCACUUUUCAAGCUGAGGGUAAGUGGUCUUUCUUCUCAUCCCCCGAGUAUCUGAUUUCAGACCAGAACUCAAAUCUUGUAGUUGUUGAUAAUCAUAUGGAUGUCCCUAAAGAUUACUCGUUUGGAGUUUGUGUUCCUGUUUGUGGAUUGAUGUGUACUAGCAAUGAGUGGGUUUUAAGUAGAAAGAGGGAUGCAAGGAUGAUGAUAUGUAACCCUAGCACAGGACAAUUCAAAUCUUUACCCAAAGUGAGAUCGUGUAGGGGUAAUGUUAUAACCUAUAUCGGUUAUAAUCCAAUCGAAAAACAAUAUAAGGUAUUGUGCAUGACGAUUCGUGAGAAGCCAUUUAAGUUCAAAGCUGAAGAGCAUCAAGUUCUUACACUAGGAACGGGCAAACUGAAAUGGAGAAUGCUUGAAUGUUCUGUCGAUCAUUACCCUUAUUAUCAUGGCUCGAUUUGCAUCAACGGCGUUUUGUUUUACUUAGCUAUGAAGAGUGAGUCUAAAGAAUAUAUGACAGUUUCCUUUCAUAUGAAGGAUGAGAAUUUCAUGUUUAUACCGAACCAAGAUCUGUUGUCAACAUUAAUAAAUUACAAGGGACGCUUAGGAGGAAUUCGUCAUAAAUCAUUUGGCUUUAUGGAUGGUGGAGAUGUAGGCUUUGAGUUGUGGAUUCUUGAUGUUGUAAAUCAGGAAUGGAUAAGGUCUAUUCACGUAUUGCCACCUAUGUGGAAGGAUGUCGUUGGGGAGACUAGAGUUUACUUUGUUGGGAUAAUCGGUAGUUGUGAAGUUGUGUUUUCUCCAUUCGUCAAGUCCAACCCUUUCUACAUCUUUCACUUAGAUAUGAAGAGCAACUCUAUCACAAGAGUUGAAAUCAAAGGGACUGGACCUCUUGAAGGUCAAGCAGUUUACACAUUUGUAAACCAUAUCGAGAAUGUGAAUCUUAUUAUGUAA